UAUCAUAUUAUAUCACAAGAAAAAUCAUGGCAGGACCAGUAUCAAUGAGGUGUCAAGUUGCAUUGGUUCUUGUAUUGGUUGUGGCAUUGGGGACCAAAAUGGAAAUGGGUGAGGCACAAACUACUUGUCCAACUCAGCUUAGCAAUCUGAAUGUUUGUGCACCAUUUGUUGUUCCUGGUUCACCCAACACUAACCCAAGUCCUGAUUGCUGCACUGCACUUCAAUCAACCAACCCUGACUGUCUUUGUAACACUCUCAGAAUUGCUUCUCAACUUACUUCUCAGUGCAACCUCCCAUCUUUUGGUUGCGUUCUAAAUUAGAACAUGGUGAUGCGAUCCACGAAGAAUAAAAGAUUGAAACAAGGCACGCCCGUUUAGCAUGUGACUCUGUUUUGAAUGUUAUGUCAUGUUAUUAUCACAAGAUGUAACCAGUGCUAUGAAAUAAAGAAAGUUAGAAGUUUCCUUGAUAUGGAUAGUAAUAUAUGACAUUUUGAAUUUGAUGCA